UGAAAGAAGGCCAAGCAACAGAUCAGGACACGGAAUGCAUAUUCAACGACUUGCGGCGGGAGCGAUACAUGAUACAGCACCAAGACCUGCUGGGCAUGACAGUGACGUCAGGCAGCGUCUCACUGGCCAAGGACGAGAAGAAUCUGAUAGGCAUCAGCAUCGGAGGGGGUGCGCCGUUGUGCCCUUGUCUUUACAUUGUGCAGAUCUUCGACAACACACCGGCAUCAAGAGACGGCACGCUGCAGAGCGGCGACGAGCUGGUGGGCGUGAACGGGCAAACCGUGAAGGGCAAGACCAAGGUGGAGGUCGCCAAGAUGAUACAAGCCGCUAAGGAUGAAGUAACAAUAAACUACAACAAACUCCACGCCGAUCCUCGCCAAGGCAAGAGUUUAGACAUAAUAAUGAAGAAGAUGAAGCACCGGCUCGUCGAGAACAUGUCUUCGGGCGCGGCGGACGCGCUCGGCCUGUCGCGCGCCAUACUGUGCAACGACACUCUGGUCGCCAAGCUCAACGAGCUGAGAGAAACGGAGACCACGUAUAAGAGACUCGUCGAACAUGCGAAAAGAAUGCUGAAGGCCUACUUCGACCUCCUGCAGACGUACAAGUCACUAGGCGACAUAUUCUCGGGCAUUGGCGUACGGGAACCGCAGGCGCGCGCCUCGGAGGCCUUCUCCAAGUUCGGCCAGUACCACCGCCUGCUGGAGCGGGAUGGAAUUAAGAUGCUUAAGGCUUUGAAACCGAUUCUAGCAGACAUGGGCACGUACCUGACAAAAGCCAUUCCAGACACAAAGCUAACGAUCCGCAAGUACGCGGACACGAAGUUCGAGUACCUGUCGUACUGCCUCAAGGUGAAAGAGAUGGAUGAUGAGGAGUACGGAUACAACGCGCUGCAGGAGCCCUUGUACAGGGUGGAGACUGGCAAUUACGAAUAUAGGUUAAUCUUAAGGUGCCGCCAAGAUGCCAGGGCGCGAUUUGCGCGACUGCGCUCUGACGUUCUGGUAAAGUUAGAAUUACUGGACAACAAGAAAACACAGGACGUGGCCUACCAGUUGCGACGAUUUAUACAGGGUUUAGCCGUUUAUCACAAUGAAACUGUGGACCACUUGAAAGAAAAUGCGACUUUAUUCCCGGUAGAGGUGGACUUAUCCCAAAACGCCUUCCAGUACAAGUCCACGACACAGUUUAUCCAAGAUAGCCAAGAAGAAGACGAUAUCGAAUAUGCAAAAGAAAUUCAAGAAUAUCACGACAUAAAUGAAGAGAAAGAUGUCCCCGUGACGAACAGAAGACAGACUAAAGACAAGGAUUCAACAGAUUCCUCCCAACAUCUGCUGUCUGUUGACACCGAUUUUAAUUUUGAGACCAACAACUUUACCAAAAACGACAACUUCGACAAAUCUGACUGUGAUAAGACUGACAAUUUGACUCUUUUGACGGAACUCGGCUUGGCUGACAAUGAUUUCGGGGAGUUUCAGAAUGGGCUGAUGGACGAUUUUAUGCCCAACAAGAAUAAUGACACUGAUGACGUGUUUGACAAGUUAUUGAGUGAAUUGAAUAUAGGAAAGUAACUUUUAGUGGAUUUUAUUAAAAUUUGAUUUAGCAUAUUAUAAUAAACUCAUACGUAUAUUAAUGUUAA